CAGAGCGUUAGUUAAUCUUCUCUGGACUCUCUGCCUUCAAAGUGCUGCCUCUCACCAGUCUGGAGCUCAUUCUCCCUGAAAGGACCCACAACUCCAGUCUGGAGAUGAAACUGUCGGUUGUGUCCAAGAAGCUGUGGUGCGUCCACAAACAGCUGAUCCUGCUGCUCACUCCACUCGUGUUCCUGCCUUUACUUUUUUCUCUGCCGGAGAAGGAGGGAAAAUGUCUUUACGUGGUGGUGCUGAUGGCUAUGUUUUGGUGUACAGAGGCCCUUCCUCUGGCUGUUACAGCGAUGCUUCCAGUCUGCCUCUUCCCGACACUGGGAAUCCUUCCAUCCAAAAAAGUCUGCCCUCAGUACUUCCUCGAGACCAACUUUCUCUUCCUCAGCGGCCUCGUGAUGGCGUCCUCCAUUGAGGAGUGGGGCCUGCAUCGCAGAAUAGCCCUGAAGGUGCUCACUAUUGUCGGAGUAAAACCAGCCUGGCUGAUACUGGGCAUGAUGCUCACCUCGUCCUUCCUGUCCAUGUGGCUCAGCAACACGGCCACAACAGCCAUGAUGCUCCCCAUUGCGAAUGCCAUCUUGGAGAGCCUGUUUGGCGACCUGGAGACCCUGAAACUAAAGUCCAAAUCCCCCGAGGAUCACGAGAGCAGCGUAAUAAACGGCCAGUCCUCUGUAAAGCUGCAUUCACUGCCCUCAGUACCCUCGGAAAAACAAGUACUGUCAAUAGACGGGACGGAUGCAGCCGAGCAGACCGACCUGAGGACAGCUGAGGAGAUCCGAUCAGAGUCGGAGUAUCAGCUGAAGGUGUGGAAAGGAUUCCUGAUCUGUAUUCCCUACGCAGCCAGCAUCGGAGGAACCGCCACGCUGACGGGCACCGCACCAAACCUCAUCCUGAUUGGACAGCUGAAAAGCUACUUCCCAGACUGCGAUCUCAUCAAUUUUGGCUCCUGGUUUGCAUUCGCUUUCCCGCUCAUGCUUGUCUUCCUGUUUUUGGCAUGGCUGUGGAUCUCAUUCCUCUAUGGUGGAUUAAAUACAAGACUGUGCUUUGCAAAACAUGACUGGAGAGCCCAAGCAGAGGCCAGAGCCAAGGCUCUCAUAGAGGAGGAUUACAGAAAACUAGGGCCCUUAAAUUUUGCAGAAGGAGCCAUCUCUUUCUUUUUUGUGAUUUUUGCCAUCCUUCUGUUUACAAGAGAUCCAAAAUUUGUCACUGGCUGGUCCGUGUUUUUUAAAAAGGGGUACGUCUCAGAUGCAGUCACUGGAGUGAUCAUCGUGUCGAUAUUGUUCUUCUUCCCUUCACAAAAACCUUCUUUCAGAUGGUGGUUCGACCCUCAAGCUUCAAACACUCCUUAUGUCCCUCUGCUGUCGUGGAAAAAAGCCCAGGACUCUGUUCCCUGGAACAUCAUUCUGCUGCUGGGAGGAGGCUUCGCUAUGGCCAAAGCCUGUGAGGAGUCUGGACUCGCCUCCUGGAUCGGAGGCCACCUCCAGCCUUUGGCCGAGGUCCCUCCUGGUGCAGCUGUGAUGCUGAUCACUGCUUUCCUCGCCUGUUUCACUGAGUUCGCCAGCAACACUGCCACGAUUAUCAUAUUUUUACCUGUCAUUGCUGAGAUGGCUAUGCAUGCGUCCGUGAACCCUCUGUACUUCAUGAUACCUGCCACAGUAGGAUGUUCUUAUGCCUUCAUGCUGCCAGUAUCCACUCCGCCCAACUCCAUCGCCUUCGCAUCGGGACAUCUCAUGGUCAAAGACAUGGUGAGAACUGGCAUUGUCAUGAACAUGCUGGGUGUCCUCUCCGUCUCUCUGGCCAUGAACACUUGGGGCGUCGCCAUGUUUAACUUGAACACUUACCCAGAGUGGGCUCAACCGAUUAACAAGUCUGCUCUUAUUACUGAUGUGUCACCUGUUCAGUCAUUUAAUGCUACACUCUGAUCGCAAAUGCAGUUUCACACAAGUAUCAGAAGAUUAUAUAAAGAUCUAAGACUAAACAGGGACAAAAGUCUGUCUGUAGACAUCUACUGUCACUAAAAUGACAAAAUGCUCUGGGAGCUGUUACUUGUUAUAAUGCUUGUAAGUUCAUUAUACAUAUAUGGGUCUGUUUUAGGCUCUUGGAAGUUAAGAUUUUAUACUGUGAAGCAUUUUACCAAGUUAAAGAUGAUGCUGUAGGUUCAAAUCUGCUCCAUUAUUUCACAUUUUAACUCAACAGGUCUAAAGAGGGUUUUAUAUUUGUAAAACUCCAGUCGUAUUGAAGAUUGUGCCGUUUGUGUUGCUACUAGGCUGAACUUUGCUGGAAAAGUGAGAGACAUGAUUGUGUAUAACUCUUUUAAAAUAUGUAUUUUGGCUAAAAUCACUAAGAGAUUAUGUUACUUGUUUGUGUAGUCUAUGGCGCUUUCAUCACUAAAGCCAUAACACAGAAACAAUAUUUUAAAUCUUGUCUAAGCUGUGAAUCCUGACUAAUGAAUGUGUAAAUUUUGUUACAUAGAGAUCUACAUUCAUGUAACUACUGAUACAAAUACAUUUGUUGAUGAUGAUUUAGUA